GACCUGAACUCACUGUACAUGGUGAUGGAGUACUUGCCAGGCGGAACACUCGUCAGUUGGAUGGAUGAGGUCGAGGUCAUCUCUGAGACAGUCUGUAGAUUCUACGCCGCCGAGAUUGUCCUCGCCCUGGCUGACCUCCACGCCAUGGGUUUCAUCCACCGGGAUCUGAAACCAGACAAUCUGCUCCUAGACAUGAGUGGUCACUUGAAACUCGCCGACUUUGGCACCUGUGUUCACGUGGAUCCCAACACAAAGCGCGUGCGCUGCGAGAGUGCUGUUGGAACGCCCGACUACAUCAGCCCAGAAGUUCUCUUCUCGCAGAGCUCCGGUGGUGGAGAGUACGGAUUUCCAGUCGACUGGUGGGCCCUGGGUGUUCUCGUCUACGAAAUGCUCUGCGGGGAAACCCCCUUCUACUCUGAUGAUCUAGUUACUACCUACUCGAAGAUUAUGAGUCAUACUACCAGCCUCCAUUUGCCGGAUGACCUCCUACUCACCGACUCCUGCCUGAACUUCAUAAAA